GACCAUGGUUCCCUACCGUGUAGCGUAUAUUAACUGCAAUGCCUCUCUGCCGGCGGGCCCAGCGCCGUGAGGCUCUGCUUGUCAUAGUACCGCAACCGCACCCGGUGCUAAUAUGAAGGGCCAGUUGGCGUUGCAGCUUCUCCUCGCCGCCGUGGUGGCUCCCGCCACGGCCGCGACUUGGAAGAACGUCAAUAUCGGAGGCGGCGGUGGCUUCAUUCCGGGUGUUGUGUUCCAUCCCAAGGUCAAGGGCGUCGCGUAUGCCAGGACAGACAUCGGAGGCCUCUACAGGCUGAACUCGGACGACUCGUGGACUCCCGUCACAGACAGCAUCGCCACCGAUGCGAGAUGGGGAAACUGGGGCAUCGACGCCGUCGCGCUUGACCCGCAGGAUGCGAACAAGGUCUACGCCGCGGUCGGCAUGUACACCAACAGCUGGGACCCGAAUCCCGGCGCCAUCAUCCGCAGCUCCGACAAGGGCGCAACAUGGGCGUCGACGGAUCUGCCGUUCAAGGUCGGCGGCAACAUGCCCGGCCGCGGCAUGGGCGAGAGGCUGGCCGUGGACCCGCACAACUCCAAGAUCCUCUACUUCGGCGCGCGCAGCGGCAACGGCCUGUGGAAGAGCACCGACGGCGGCGUCACCUGGGCCAAGGUGUCGUCCUUCACCGCCACGGGCACCUUCGCCCCGGAUCCCAGCGACACGAGCGGGCUCAACAACGACAAGAUGGGCCUCGCCUUCGUCACCUUCGACUCGACGUCGGCCGUUACCAACGGCGCCACGUCGCGCAUCUUCGUCGGAACGGCCGACAACAUCACCGCCUCGGUGUACGUCUCCACCGACGCCGGCGCCACCUGGUCUGCCGUCGCCGGCCAGCCCAAGAAGUACUUCCCCCACAAGUGCCGGCUCCAGCCUGACGAGAAGGCCCUGUACCUGACGUACAGCGACGGCACGGGCCCCUAUGACGGCACGUCUGGCGCCGUCUACCGCUACGACAUUGCGGCCGGCACCUGGAAGGACAUCACGCCCGCGUCGGGCGGCGACCUGUACUUUGGCUUUGGCGGCCUCGGCGUGGACAUGCAGAAGCCCGGCACGCUCGUGGUCGCCACGCUGAACUCGUGGUACCCGGACGCGCAGCUGUUCCGGUCGACCGACUCGGGCACGACCUGGUCCAAGAUCUGGGAGUGGACCAACUACCCGAGCAUGAACUGGUACUACGGGCUUCACACGGACAAUGCGCCCUGGAUCAACGCCGGGUUCGUCUCGCAGGACACCAAGCGGCUGGGCUGGAUGAUCGAGGCGCUCGAGAUCGACCCCCUGGACAGCGACCACUGGCUGUACGGGACGGGGCUGACCCUCUACGGCGGCCACGACCUGACCAAGUGGGAUACGGUGCACAACGUCAGCAUCUCCUCGCUGGCCGUCGGCAUUGAGGAGAUGGCCGUGCUCGGCCUUGCUUCGGCACCUGGAGGGACGGAACUCCUUGCCGCCGUAGGCGACGACUGCGGGUUCACCUUCAAGAGCAGCAGCGACCUCGGCACCUCGCCCAAGACGCCCUGGAUGAAUCCCAUGUGGACCAGCUCGACCGACGUUGACUAUGCCGGCAACAAGCCUGCAAACGUCGUGCGCGUCGGCAACUCCAACGGCGCGCCGCAGAUUGCCGUUUCCACCGACGGCGGAGCGACCUGGAACGCCCAUUCCGGCACCGACAACACCAAGAACAGCGGCACGCUCGCCUAUUCCGCCGACGCCGACACCAUCGUGUGGUCCUCGGGCAACGCCGGCGUGCUCCGCUCGCAGAACCAGGGCACCUUCACCGCCGUGGCCUCCGUGCCCUCGGGCGCCGCCGUCGCGGCCGACAGGCGCAACAACACCGUCUUCUACGCCGGCUCGGGCAGCGCCUUCUACCGCAGCACCGACACGGGCGCCACCUUCGCCAAGGUGGCGUCCGCCUUCGGCAGCAGCAGCAGCAGCGUCACCGCCGUCAAGGACAUCGCCGCGCACCCGGCCGUGGCGGGCGAGGUCUGGGUCAGCACCGACGCCGGCCUGUUCCGCAGCACCAACUACGGCGCCACCUUCGCCCAGAUCGGCGCCGGCAGCAUCACCAAGACGGAGCAGAUCGCCUUUGGCAAGGGCAGCGGCUCGGCCUGGAACCUGUACGCCUUCGGCACCGGUUCCGCCGGGGCGAAGCUCUACGCCAGCUCCGACAGCGGCGCGUCCUGGAUCGACGUCCAGGGCAGCCAGGGCUUUGGCUCCAUCGGCGCGAACAGAGUGGUCGGCAGCGGCAACGUGGCCAACCAGGUCUACGUCGGCACCAACGGCCGCGGUGUUCUGUACGCCCAGGUGUCUGUGCCGGGUGGUGGUGGUGGUGGCAGCGCGCCGAGCUCUUCCGCCGCGCCGUACUCGACCACCUCUACCGCUAGCCGGACAAGCAGCGUGCGCACCACCCUGACCACCUCGACCGUCAAGACUACUACUACUAGUACUACUGUUCAGAGCUCCACCAAGACGAGUGCGGCGCCCACCACUUCGACGACUGCGCUCGCCCAACGCUACGCGCAAUGCGGAGGUGCUUCGUGGACUGGCCCGACCCAGUGCGUGCCGCCUUACACUUGCCAGAAGCAGAAUGAGUGGUAUUCUCAGUGCCUGUGAGAGGUAAAAGAGAGAGAUAGAGAUGUCCCAACGGGAAAGGGGUUGAGGGGAAGGGGUUCCAAUAAGUUGAGGG